AUGGACUAUGCCACUCAUAAUCCAAAUGGUAAGAUUUGGAUUUUUUGGACAAAAGAUGUGAAUUGCACUAUCUUAGAGAAUGAGGAACAAUUGAUCACUUGUGAAAUCAAUCAUGUAAUGAGACCUAAUCAGUUUAUUACUACUUUUGUAUAUGACAAAUGUAAGGAUCAUCUCAGAAGGACUCUCUGGGAUAGCAUUCUACAACAGUCCACUAUACCUUUUCCAUGGUGUACUCUAGGUGAUUUCAAUAUUAUUACUGAUCCUGAAGAAAAACUUGGAGGGUUCAUGUAUAAUAUGAGAAAACGCCUUGAGUUCAUUAGUACUAUAGAGGCUAGUGGCUUGCAAGAUCUUGGCUUCAUUGGACAGAAGUACACCUGGUGCAACCAGAGGGGCAUCAUGUCCAGAAUUUGGAAGAGACUAGAUAGGGGGAUGGCUAAUAAUAGAUGGCUGGAAACCAUGCCCCUUACCUCCAUCACUCAUCUCCCCUCUAUGGGCUCUGAUCACUACCCUCUACUCUUGGAAAUGGUUGAUCAACAUCACAACCCCAUCAAGUAUUUCAAGUUUCUUAAUUGUUGGCCUGAACAUCCUUCUUUUAUCGAGCUUGUUAAAAACUAUUGGAGCGGACACAUAGAGGGUAAUCCUAUAUGGAUCUUCCACAAAAAGAUGAAAAGACUUGCCACUACUCUUAGUGAUUGGUCUAGGAAUCAGUUUGGUGAUAUUUAUGCUAAAGUCAAAGAGUAUGAGGAAGCUGUUAGACAAGCUGAAGAAAACAUGAUCAACAUGAAUUCCAAUGAUAACAGGUCCAAGUUUCAUACUAUCAAUGCGGAAUAUAAUAGAUACAUGAAAAUAGAGGAUCCCAUUCUCAGGCAGAAAUCUCAGCUGCACUGGUUCAAAGAGGGUGAUAUGAAUUUUAGCUACUUCUAUGUUUUGAUUAGAGGUAGAAGAAAGAGGUUGUACAUUUAUAGGAUCCAAAAUGAUGAAGGCUCUUGGGUGAAAGGUGAUGCUGAGAUAGUUGAAGCAGCUUGUAACUAUUGUCAACAAAUCUUUACUGGAGAAGAGAAGUAUAUUCAACAACAGGACCUUCAGUGCAUUACUCCUAUAGUUACUGAUUAG